UGUGUGCCUUCCUUAGGCAGUCAAUUUAUAUUCAGGUCACAGCAAGUCUGCAACAAUAGUCUAUUUUUAGACGCAUUGCAGUGAAACAUGCUUUUGCCACUCUUCAGAGGGCGAACUGGGAGCGGGUGUUGUGGAUUAGGGGAAGAAAUGGCUGGAUUCUUCGUGGUAAUGACUGAAUUAUUUCCCUUACAUCUCAGCUGUCUCCUGAGGAGGAGGAGAAGAAGAGGAUAAGAAGGGAGAGGAAUAAAAUGGCUGCAGCAAAGUGUCGCAACAGAAGGAGGGAACUCACAGAUACACUGCAAGCUGAGACAGACAAGCUGGAGGAGGAAAAGGCUGCCCUGGAGACUGAAAUAGCCAACCUAAUCAAAGAGAAAGAACGGCUCGAAUUUAUUCUUGCUACACAUAAGCCGGUGUGCCAGAUGUCAGAAGAGCUUGAAUCCAUUUUCCAAGAGUCCACAGGGUCUCCAGGCCUACCGCCCAGUCCAGACGAGGACAGGCUUCCAGAGGAUGGCACGCAAGAAGCUCCAUCACUCCAGGACAUGGACGACCCCAGCGAUCCGUCCACAGCCAUCUCUGGGAACUCGAAUAUUUUGCUGUGUGCAAGUGCUGAAAUCAACAUCUGUGAUCUCGAGCCCUCCCUGGACCUUAAGGAGGGGCUACUGGACAAUAUUUUACCCACCCUGGAGGAGAAAACUCCCAUGGAGACAGCUCGAUCCGUGCCAGACAUAGAUCUGAGUAGCUCUCUAGGGGUCUCGGACUGGGAGACUCUGUAUAAGUCGGUUUCCAGCGACCUGGAGCCUCUCAGCACUCCCGUGGUCACCUCCACCCCUACCUGCAGCAGCUACCUGUCUGUGUUCACAUUUGCGUGCCCUGAGCUGGACUCUCUCACAGAGGGACUAGACAGCCAUAAAGGUGGAGGAAGCAAGGGCGAUUCUGUCGACAUCCUCAACUCUCCGACUCUCCUAGCCUUAUAAAAUGCAAAGAGGCGCUGAUCUGUUUGAUCUCUCUCUGGUCUCUCUGUUUGCAGGUUCCCGACGUUGAAAUGAUAUGAACAACGUAUGCUGUAAUGCUUCAAGGAACACAUUCAUGAAAAGUCUUGUACAUGACUAAGCAAACAUAUAAACUCUCUUCAGAUACAUAGUCAACAGAGUGAUGUAGCUAAAAGCAUGGCUUUUAAUUUAACUGAAAGGACUGAAGUAAGUUUUGAUUUUAAACGCAUGCUGAAAAAUUCCAAAUAAUUUUCAAAGCUCAUAUCUGAUCUGUUACUAGAUCUAAGCUGUAACGUGGAAUUUAAUGUAACAGUAUGGUUUUGUGUUUUUUGGUGUCAGUAGUGUACUGAUUGAUGUAAAUGUAUUUACAUAUCCAUCUAAGUACCUGCGUACCUCAUCAAGUGUGGUUUGACCUCAUUGUUAAAAUGUUGAAAGUUUUCCAUGAAAACAUUCAGUGCUAUAUACUAUUAUAUAUAUAUAUAGAUAUAUAUAGAUAUAUCUUAUCAAGAUGUACCUUAUGAUUUAUUUUUUUACCUUUCAGACUUUGACUUAUUUGUUUAAAUUGAAAAAAAAAAAAACAAGUAAAAUGGGCAUAUAUUGCUUAACUAUGCUGCUGAAUAACUACAAUAAAUCUGCGUUCACAGUG